CGACCAUUCAUAUGCCGUAACAAAAAAAUCGCCACAGCACGCAUGCGUUUUGUGUUUUGCGAAAUAACGUUUAGUUGGAGGUGUGCUUUCGUUGAUUCCGAUUCUCACAGACUCUGUAAACACUGCAUUUGCGGUUUAUAAUGUCAACAACGGACUUUUAUUUGAGAUAUUAUGUCGGGCACAAGGGCAAGUUUGGACACGAGUUCUUGGAAUUUGAGUUUAGACCGGACGGUAAACUGAGGUACGCGAACAACAGCAACUACAAGAAUGACGUCAUGAUCAGAAAAGAGGCCUAUGUACACAAGAGUGUGAUGGAGGAACUGAAGAGGAUCAUAGAUGACAGUGAGAUCACCAAGGAAGAUGAUGCAUUGUGGCCGCCCCCAGACAGAGUGGGCAGACAGGAGCUGGAGAUCGUCAUUGGCGACGAGCACAUUUCCUUCACAACUUCCAAGAUCGGUUCCUUGAUUGAUGUCAACCAGUCAAAGGACCCAGAAGGCCUCCGCGUGUUCUACUACCUGGUUCAGGAUUUGAAAUGUCUCGUCUUCAGUCUCAUUGGACUACACUUCAAGAUCAAGCCCAUCUAAGAGGGGAUGUUUUUUUUCUUUUGGGAAAUGUUUUAAUUUCAUUUUUUGAUUCAUGUAUGAUUACAUUUGUACAUUUGCUUUUGAUCGAUCAGUAUUUUUUAUUUUAAAUAAAUGAUUGGAAAAAUUCCAAAUGUUUUAA